CCCCUUGAGCUGCGAAGCACAGAAACAUCAACCACCCAAAAAGACGAGAAAAAUCAAAAGAAAGCCAUGUUUGUGCUACACAAAAUGGCCACAUCUCCUUCUUCAUCUCUCUGCUCUUUCUCUCUUUUCCUCUCCAAACCCUCUUCACUUCCUCUUCUGAAACCCCCGUUAUUAUCCCUCCACUCUCCUCCUCUCAAAAGAUUCAUUUCCACUGCAUCAGAACUGCAACAUGACACCCAAGCUAGGAGGAGGACUCUUCUUGGGUCUUCUUAUACCAAAACAAGUCCUCUACUUUCCCUAUCUACUGCAGCUAUUGCCACCGAGUCUGCCACCGUUUCCCAUAUCGACGCAGCAGAGAAUGAGGAAACUGAAAAACUCGUGCUUCCCACCAAUGAUUCAUCCGAGAAACUUCUCAGAAUUCGCCACACGUGUGCACAUGUGAUGGCUAUGGCAGUUCAAAAGCUGUAUCCUGAAGCUAAAGUGACAAUUGGGCCUUGGAUAGAAAAUGGGUUUUACUAUGAUUUUGAUAUGGACCCUUUGACUGAUAAAGACCUCAAGAGGAUUAAGAAGGAGAUGGAUCGUAUCAUUGGUCGAAAUUUACCGCUUGCAAGGGAAGAUGUUUCUAGAGAUGAAGCACAGAGGAGAAUAAUGGCUGUUAAUGAACCUUACAAGAUGGAGAUUUUGGAAAGCAUUAAAGAAGAUCCCAUCACUAUCUAUCAUAUUGGCGAUGAGUGGUGGGAUCUUUGUGCGGGACCUCAUGUUGAAUCUACUGGAAAUAUUAAUAGGAAAGCUGUUGAGCUUGAGUCUGUUGCUGGUGCUUACUGGAGAGGAGAUGAAAAGAAACCAAUGCUGCAGAGGAUCUAUGGAACAGCUUGGGAGAAUGAGGACCAGCUAAAAGCAUACCUUCACUUUAAAGAAGAGGCUAAACGUCGAGACCACAGACGCCUUGGCCAAGAUCUUGAUCUCUUUUCUAUACAGGAUGAAGCUGGUGGAGGCUUAGUCUUCUGGCAUCCAAAAGGUGCCGUUAUUAGACAUAUUAUUGAAGAUUCGUGGAAGAAAACACAUAUAGAACAUGGCUAUGAUUUGUUAUACACUCCCCAUGUGGCAAAGGCAGAUCUAUGGAAGAUUAGUGGUCAUCUGGACUUUUAUAGGGAGAAUAUGUUUGAUCAGAUGAAGAUUGAGGAUGAACAAUACCAACUUCGACCUAUGAAUUGCCCUUACCAUAUUCUGGUAUACAAAAGAAAGCUCAACUCUUAUCGUGAUUUCCCAAUCAGGGUUGCAGAGCUAGGAACAGUAUAUAGAUAUGAGUUGUCUGGAAGCUUACACGGUCUUUUCCGUGUAAGAGGUUUUACCCAGGAUGAUGCACAUAUAUUUUGCUUAGAAGAUCAAAUCAAAGAUGAAAUUAGGGGUGUCCUGGAUCUUACAGAAGAGAUACUAUUGCAAUUUGGUUUCAGACGGUACGAAGUUAAUCUGUCAACUAGGCCUGAAAAAUCUGUGGGAGAUGAUGAUAUAUGGGAAAAAGCAACAUCUGCCCUUAGAGAUGCUUUGGAUGACAAGGGGUGGAGCUUUCAAAUUGAUGAAGGUGGCGGUGCCUUUUACGGUCCAAAAAUUGAUCUUAAGAUUGAGGAUGCUCUUGGAAGAAAGUGGCAGUGCUCUACUAUACAGGUUGAUUUCAAUUUACCUCAGAGAUUUGAUGUUACUUAUGUUGAUUCAAACACGGAGAAAAAGCGGCCUAUCAUGAUACAUAGAGCGGUGCUUGGAUCCUUGGAGCGGUUUUUUGGGGUCCUCAUAGAGCAUUAUGCUGGAGACUUUCCAUUGUGGCUUUCUCCAGUACAGGUCCGCAUUUUACCAGUAACAGACACACAGCUUGAAUAUUGCAAAGAGGUGAUCAGCAAACUGAAAGGCAAUGGUAUUCGGGCUGAAGUUUGCCAAGGCGAGCGCCUGCCAAAGCUCAUUAGAAAUGCAGAGAAGCAGAAAAUUCCUUUAAUGGCAGUUGUGGGCCCCAAGGAGGCUGAGACGGAAACUGUUACAAUUAGAUCUAGGUUUAGUGGGGAGGUUGGGACCAUCGAAAUUGAUGAUUUUAUAAGCAGAAUCAAGUCAGCCAUUGAAAGGAGAACUUCAUUAUGAAGUUCUUGUUCUUGGAAAUUGAUUUCCAUCUUAUUUGUUUAACAUGCUUUGUAUAAAAUACAAGAGGAAAAUAGAAAAUAAAUACACUGUUACUGGAGAAAUUAUUCUUAUAUAAAUACAUAUGGAAACUAGAGCUUUUCUCCA